AUGACUCCAAACACCAAGUCCGUUGCAUUCUUUGGAGCCAGCACCGGCGUUGGCCUCGCUACCCUCAAACACACACUCGCUGCCGGACACAAAUGCAUCGCGCUGUGCCGUGAUCCCUCAAAACUCACUGGCGUCUUCCCUUCAGGGUCAACACCAAAUCUGAAAGUUAUCAAAGGCAAUGCACACGAUAUCUCCGCCGUAUCGCAGUGUAUCCAAACCGACGAUGGCCGCAUCGUCGAUGUUAUCGUGUCCACCAUCGGCGCCAGGCCACGCGGAAUGACUGUCGACGAUCCGGACGUCUGCAAGAAAGGCGCGGCAACUCUCCUAGAUUCUCUAGCCCAGCUUCGAAGCACUGGUAUUACCGGAACUCCGCACAUAAUCGGUUGUAGUACAACGGGCUUCUCCCGCUUCGGUCGCGAUGUUCCUAUCGCUAUGGUGCCCAUCUAUUACUUGUUUAGCGGGGAAGCAUUCACAAUAAUUCGUGCGAGCCAUCUUGUUGAUGGCGAGUCGAACAAGGCUAUCCGUGUGGGCAUCGAGGAUCCCAAGACUGGCCCGGAGUCUAGGGCUAUUGGCUAUACUAUCUCUAGGGAGGAUGCAGGGAGGUGGCUCGCUGAGAACCUUGUCUUGAAGAUGGACGCGAAAUUUUUGAAUAAGAAUGUGACUGUUACAUACUGA